AUGGCGCAGACUGCGGGCGCGCGGGGUCGGCCAGGGCAGUGCGGGCGGUGCGGGAGGCGCUGGAGGUGCGGGAGGCGCGCGCUGGUUGCCUGCGUUGCCUGGACCGUGGUCUGGGUGCUGGCGGCUGCGCUGCUGCUCCGCGCGCACCCCGGGGUCCUCUCUGAGCGCUGCACGGACGAGAAGAGCCGGCGCAUCCUGGCCGCGCUGUGCCGGGACUACCAGGGCGGGGCGCUGGCGGGCGACCUCUGCGAGGACCUGUGCGUGGCGGGGAGGCUGCGGUACCGGCGCUGCCUGUACUACGAGAGGGGCAAGAAGGUGCUGCAGGCGGACUGGCGCGGCCGCCCCAUCAUCCUCAAGUCCAAGGAGGAGGCCUUCUCCAGCUUCCGGCCGCCCGGCCUGAUGGAGGACGAGGCGGAGGACGGAGGCCAGGGCUUCCCGGAGGCAGAGCUGCUCCUGCUGGUGGCGGGGGAGGUCAAGAGCGCCCUGGGCCUGGAGCUGGCGGCCGGCAGCCUGGGGCCGCUGUGGCCGGGGCGCCGGGGCGCGCGCUGGCGGGGCCAGCUGGCCAGCCUGUGGUCGCUGGCGCAGCAGGAGGAGUUCGUGCUGCUCAGCAUGCUGCACGGCCUCAGCCCGCACGCCCCGCCGCUGCUGGGCUCCUGCGGCCACUUCUACGCUGUGGAGUACCUGGCAGCGGGCAGCCCCCACCACAGGGCUCUCUUCCCCCUGGACGGGGCCUCGCGGGGCCAGGCCCAGGCCAUCGGCGACAUGGCCCUCAGCUUCCUGGACCUGGUGAGACAUUUCGACAACGACUUCUCCCACCGCCUCCACCUCUGCGAUGUCAAGCCCGAGAACUUUGCCAUCAGGAGGGACUUCACGGUCGUGGCUAUCGAUGUGGACAUGGCUUUUUUUGAACCUAAAAUGAGGGAAAUUCUCGAGCAGAAUUGCACGGGAGAUGAAGACUGCAAUUUCUUUGACUGUUUCUCAAAGUGCGAUCUCAGAGUCAACAAGUGUGGCGCGCAGAGAGUCAACAGCAACCUGCAGGUCGUCUGUGACAAAAUAUUCCGACACUGGUUCUCCUCGACUCUCCAGAGCUCUGCCAUUUCCUUCCAGCUCCAGCGGCAGUUGCAGGAGGCCGUGCAGGAGUGCGCAGACCCAGGCGGCCCCCAGAGAGCAGCCCCCACCAUGUUCUGGAGGCUUCAGCGCCUCCUCCAAGCUGCACUGAGGGAACUGCGGGAAGCGGAGAAGUAGCCAUGACGGCCUUUCAAAU